CUUUGUUUAUGUUAGCUUAGCAGCCGAGUGCUAGCUCCGUGAUUAGACUCUAACACACACACACACACUCUGUCUCUCUGCCUUUCAGGGGUGUCACAGCAUGAAGCCUAACGCACCGUCACGUGACUUGGGGUGACGCGCGAAAAUCUUGGUACCUGCACAGGUACACGGAGCGCGUGCGCAGUGUGAAGAGGCUGUGUGCUCGUGCCCAGCACGUGACCAUGAGACCACGUGACCACUGAGCAUCAACGCGCCGUCACUGUGUGUCCAGCGGCUCGAGCCUCCACCAUGGGCGGCACGCUGAGCGAGCCCUGCAUCUACGACAAGCUCUCCGAGAGCAUCGACAUCCUGCGGCAGUCCGGCUACCGCUACGGCAUGUCCGAGCGCGAGAUCGAGAAGUUCAUCAAGCAGGUCCUGGAGACCAACGAGCCGCGCAGGGAACCCACCCAGUUCCCCGUCCUGUGGGCCGCCGUCAAGGUCACCGUGGUCGUGUGUGUGCUGCUGCUGCUGGUUGUGGCGUUUGCGUACACUCAGGGUUCUGUGUCCGGGUCGGUCAGAGCAGCAGAACACUACAACUGGUCGUCACCUCUGAGUCACAUCCGCCUGCUGUCUCUGCCCAUCGCCAAGAAGUACAACCUGCACAGUUUCCAUGCGUGGUGGAGUGUGAGUCACACACUGCUGAACUGUUCUGGAUGUUCCAGCGUUUCUGAAGUGCUCGAAAUGUCCACGUUAAGAAAUACGGAGUCUGUGCACACACAAGCACAGCCUGUGUUAGUGAAGGGAGGAGCUUCUCUGAGUUUACAGAGGCAUCAGCUGGAGGCUCUUCACGCUUUACACUCCGACUCGCUGAUUGUUCUGAUGGACGAUGAAAAGGAAGUGAUGUCAGCGUCUUCCCCUCAGGGCCUGGCCAACUUCAGCGUUCUCUGGAGGGGCGACUCAGGGUUGAGGGAGGACUUGUUUCAUUCACUCUUUCCUAGGGCACUUGUCUGCCCCCUACUGCAGAGUGUGGGAAGUACAGUGCAGCGCUGCACAGUCACACACAGUACCAGCUCUCAGAGCAGAGGUGUGUGUGUGUUAGGUUGGUUGUUGGUUGGUGACGGCUCUCCCACUGUACGUGUGUUGCCGCAUCAGCGCUGCCAAGCACACUGCAGCUCUUUCAACCUGUGGCUUGAACCAGGAGAUCUGGUGUAUGCAGACCCGCGGUUCUGGCAGCUGGAGCUGUUCCCCGGGCGAGGAGAGAACUUGGUGUGUGAGGGCUCGGGCGUGUCUGACUCGGACGCGCUGACCUCAGUGCUUCACUGCGUGUAGCUUCGACCCGGCGUCAGGAGGACGUUAAUCAGAGCCCACGGCUGGGAGCUCAUCUGUCCUGUUAAAGGAAUCCUCACUGUCUCUUAUCUCCUGACGAGACGGGUGACUUACACUGAGGAGGACGCGUCCUGAGCAUGGUGUAUUCCCCAGCUAACACACACUCCAUGCUUGUGGCCUUGACCCCACACUCUGUGAUUGCUUUGGAAUGAAACUUUCAGGUCUAUUGCGUAACUGGAAGUAAAUCAUCAUCAUAAGCCUGAUUAUAAUCUCGCCGAUUGAUUGGAGCCAUCUCAAAGGAGGAACUCAAAUUUAUUUUCAUUUUUAAUAUCAGUGUGUGUGAGUGUAGAGUCGCUCACACCAUAGGCCUCACAGAUCUAAAACUGUAAAGCACUUUUGAGAGAGUGUGUGUUUGUUGCCCUUUGUGCUCCAGGACAGUUUAUGCUGCACCCUCAUUAUCGCCCCCUCCUGGUGCAGUGUGUGAGCACUCUUUCUGUGCUGGAGGUCCUCAGAAAGAAGGGUUACACAUUGUAGUCUGGUAAACAUUCAUCUUCUAACACACACACACACUUACUGCUGUUUCUUUCCAGCACACUAGAGGGUCCACCUCACCGUGUGAGCGCUCCAAUUUGUGUGUCACUUCAUCAUCUCACCAAUGGACACUUUCAGAACGAGGAGACCAGCAGCAGCAGCAGCAGCACACCUUCACUCCAAACUGAAUGUUUGAGAAGAAAUCCAAUGUCAUCUUUAAAACAUGAAUUCUUUUUAAAACCCUCUAUUAGUUGGGUCGUUUUUUAAUAAACUCAGAUCUACAGUAUGUCUAACACACUUCCCCUGAAAGAGUGAGGAUGGUGUAAUCAAAUGGCCCUUUAGGUGGCGCUGUGAUUCCGCCCACUUUGUUUAAAAAUACAAGAGAAACAAAACCACUUGCUCACUUGUGACAGACUUUAAUAAACAAGGUGGAAACUGAUUACCUGACCAUGUCCUACCUGUUUGAUGCAAUGCCUUCUGGGUAAUCUCGGUGUAAGAGUGAGACGACUCGAUUAAAGUGUUAAACACAGCACUUCAACACACACACAUCAGUACUGUUGUUGUUGUUGUGGUAUUUUCAUGUUUCAGCUCAGAGGAAAGUUCCUGUAUAAAUGUCCAGUAGAUUUCUCUCCCAUAUAAAUAGAGACAUUCUUUAUUUUGUGUAACUAUUAAAAUAACAAUCUGUAUAAAGUGAUUAGUGUUUAGGGAAACUGCGGAUAUGUAAAUGUUUAUACUGCACACUUUAAAAGAAGUGUUAAUAUAAUAUAUUUAAGGAUAACAGUUAUGAUUUAAAUUAUUAUGGGGUGGAUGUUUAGAAAUGAUUUGUUUUAAACGGAAUAAAUCUAUGAAUAAACCCUGAUCUCUGUUUAA